CUGAGUACACAUGAAUGAUCACAUUUAUGAAUUAUUCGACAUGUUGACACUUUUAGUUUUCAUUGCAGUCUAUUUGGAUAGCACGUUUGGAGACGGCUCGUCUAUAAAAAAGGAAUUUUCUGUCCAACCAGGUGGUAAAAAGUACUCAUCGACAAUUGAAAGGGAUGGAAUAAAAUGUACUUUCACUUAUGAAUGUCAAGGUGGAACGAACGAGAAAUGGCAUAUGAUUCUUUCGAAGAUUCGAGAUGAUAACAGCUAUGGUUGUGUUGUGGAACGUUCUGGUAGCCAAACAAGUUACAUAUUCUUUCAAAGCUUCAAGUUAGAUGUAACGCCGCCUGUUGAAGCUUUGACUGCUUCUGCAUUUGUAAGUUACCCGGAAUAAAGUACUAUUCUCAAGGGUAACGGUAAUCAACCACUGGCAGCUGAGGAAUACUAUUUUAACAAAAAUGGAUGUUUUGUAUCACAUGUCGGUGGAAAAUUCAGGGCUGCAUUAACCCGUCUUUCCCUGGAGUUUGUUUCCACACCUAUGAAGCCAGAACUCUAGCGUGAUUCGUUUACGAUAUAUAUAUAUAUUUCUAUUAUUUUUUGUGCCUUUUGAACUUAUGGCUUUCUAUAUUACCACGAUCUUAUUCCAGACUAUGUAAAAAAAUUUUAUAGUGUGAAUUUAUAGCAAUAAGAGGUUUUUUUAAAUA